AUGGCUCACGCUUUUGUUCUUGCUGUAACUGACGCUCAGGUGCUCCCUAAAACUAUACAGAAAGAUCCUGCUAUGCAGAGAAAGGAAGGAUCGAGUGGUAGACCAAAAGGUACAAUGCUUGAGAAGGCCAUCAGGGAUUUGGAGAAGAUCGUUGCAGAAUUAAGGCCACCAAAUAUGGAGGUUCAGGAUGCUGAUAAUUCAUCUCAGGCUAUCAAAAGGAGGUUACCACUUGAAAUAAAGCAGAGGCUGGCAAAAGUUGCCCGACUGGCGCAAGCUAGUCAUGGAAAAAUAUCCAAUGAGUUAAUUAGUCGUUUAAUGAGUAUUGUCGGCCACUUGAUACAGCUUCGCACAUUGAAGCGGAACUUGAAAAUCAUGGUCAAUAUGGGGCUGUCAGCAAAACAAGAGAAAGAUAACAGAGUUCAGCACAUAAAGAAGGAAGUUGCUGAGAUGAUUAAGUUGCGGAUUCCAGUAAUGAAAUCAAAGUUACUUGAACAACAAGCUGGAGCUUCUGAUGACUUCCAAGAAGCAAGUGCUGAAGAGAAAGAAGCCUUUAAGAGAAAAUACAGCAUGGAUGUUGCAUUGGAAGACAAAAUAUGUGACCUUUAUGAUCAUUUUGUUGAGGGCCUGGAUGAAGAUGCUGGUCCACAAGUCAGAAAGUUGUAUGCAGAGCUUGCAGGAUGUUGGCCAAAUGGAUUUAUGGACAAUCAUGGUAUUAAACGUGCUAUAUGUAGAGCAAAAGAUAGGAGGAGAGCAUUGCACGCACGACGUAAGGACGGAGAGAAAAUUAGGAGGAACAAAUUAUUGGCCACAAAGGAAGGGGAUACUAGUAGAGUAGAUGCUGGACCUAUUGCCCAGUCGGUGCAUAUCCAAGAAAAGAUUGUAGUUGAUCAUUCUUCAACUUCAACAAACAAGCCAGUAUACAGUAGUGCAGCUGUAAAUGCUUCUGCACGAGUGCAUGUUUCCGUAGCUAAUGGUUCUGAUGUGAAUCGUCUAAAGCAGGAGAAGCUAAAGGGAGUUUCUGGCAGCUCUGUUGAUCCACGAGGAGCAGAUGCGGUGCCAAAAAAGAAAGUGAAGAGGAAACAUGAGUCAGAAUUGGGUGAAAGUUUGUUUCACAGCGAGAAAUUGACUUCCGCACAGGCAGAGGAGAAGAACAAAACCAACAAGCAUACUGGUUGUCCUACUCCAAAACCAAAUAAUGUUGCGACCUCCGGCUUUGAACAGCUGACAUGAUGCAAUUUCUGCCUCUUGCAGCUUCAGUGAUUGCCCCUGUUUUCUAGUUCUGUAAUUAUAUAUAGUUAUCUUGGCGCGUUACCCAUAAGAAACCUGAGUCUCUUAUUUUUGAAGUCACAGCUGAAAGGCACAUUUAGUUAAGGCAAAACAUUAGAAAAUUGAUGUCUUAUUGGCAGCUAGGGUAUCUGCUGUUGGGCAUUUUGAUGCUAGUUUUAUUUAUGGACUGGAAAUUGCUCUCUUCCUUGGUUCAUUCUGUUACCAGCUAAAAUUCCGUCGUCGUCGAACUUCUUAAUAUUUUUCUGGGUUGGAUAAAUGCAGGACUAUUUUAUAGAACAAGACGUUUUUCA